AUGCUUUGAGGCGUAAGGGUGCGGCCAAGGUCGUUGGUGGAGUGCAGCCACUCGAUGCCACACAACAACAACCACAGACAACCAUGCAGCCCAAUCAACAACAACAACAGCUCGAACAACACAACAACCACAACGCACACACGAGCGACCCGAGUCGCCACUGCGCCCGCUGCAACACCGAAUUGGGGCGCAUCACCAACCGGGGCGCCCCCUGUCGCGUCUGCAAGCUGCGAGUGUGCAAAGCCUGUCGCGAAUUCACAUCGCGCACCACGGACUGGGUGUGCGUGGUGUGCCACAAGCAAAUGGAGAUACAGUCGGCCAGCGGCGAGUGGCUGAAGGACGCCUAUGCCCUGGGAUCCUGCAGUGCCGUCGACCAUCUGACCACCAGCGACGUCCUGAGGAAGAGCAUCCGACGUUCUUGGACCAUAUCGAAUCCCGAGGACGACCCGAACAACCCCAACUCGCAGCAGCCGGUGGCGGACAACCUGUAUCCGCAGCAGCAGCAUCUGAUUGAGGCCCAGUCGGCGGGCAGCUACCCCACCCUGCACCAGCACCACCCGCAGCACCACCUGCCCCCGCAGCCGCGGCCCACGCACGGCAUCGGCUACGGUGGCAGUGGCACCGCCACGCCCACCACCAGCAGCAAGUGGCAGCUGGGUCGCAGGGUCCUGCGUCAGUCUACGCUCCCCAGCAGCCUGAACAACGACCCCGCGCUCAGCGGCAGUGGUGGCAACCUGGCCAACUACAACUCCGUCAACCUAACGGCGCCCACAUCGCCGCAUCAGCUGCAGAAGAGUCCGCUCUAUCCGAGCGCCUACAACAGCGACGACGUCAUCCACAUGAACACCAUGCCGGGCAUGGGAAUGGGUGUGGGUGUUACAGUAGGUGACUGCGACAACUACGCACAGCAGCAGCAGCAACAGCAGCAGCAGCAGCAACCCCAAGUGGAGGUCACGCCCACGCACCAUCGGCUGCAGGUGCGCCGCCAAUCCACGCUGCCAGCUCAGCCCACUCCGGCCAUCUACAUGUCCACCUCCCCGAACCGCCUGUACAGUCGCUCCCCGGAAAGAUCGCCGGGGGAGCAGCAGCGCUAUCCGCCCUUCAUGCGGCAGACUUCGUUCCCAGAGCCACCGAGCACCUAUCAUCGCACCAAGCUGCUGCCCAGCACGGGAGCACCUUCAUCGGCGGCGGCAGCACCUCCACCUCUGAACUACGAAUCACAGGCCUCCAGCAUGGCUAGCGAUGAGCAGGAUGUGGGACCCAUGCCCAAGCCCAGGAUGACGCGGCAGGCCACGCUCCCAAAUCCCGAGCAGCAUGUGAAGCUACUGCCCACAUCGCCGCCAAAGCGACAGACUUCCCCGCAGUUUCGACGUUCUCCGGAGUUUAUGCGUCAACAGACGCUGCCCAAUCCGGAGGCUUUUAACAGUGGAAACACCCUCACAGUGCACUCCACGCCGCCGGCGAAAUUCAUGCCCAUCUCGCCCAGGGCCAAGCAGAAUUUCCUCUUCCCCAGCGUUCCGAAUCCCCGACAAUUUCUCUCCCAGCCCCAUGUACCCGCCGUGGGAGGCACUGAUCUGGGCAGUGGAGGCAGUGUGGCCAGCACCGGAGGUCCCAGUGGUGGUGAGCAGUACUCGAGCAGCCAGAGUGAAAUCCAUCACUCCCGGGAUCCGCAUGCCAAGAUGAUCAAGGUGCGCAGCCACAGCAACGAGGAGUACUCGAAUACCAAGGGCCAUCCGGAGAACAGAAGAUUGCUGCCGGAGAUUCCCACAACUGUGCAGCGACCAGGUGGUCGAUCACGUCGACUGGUGCGACAGGAUUGCCUCAAGGAGGAGCGAACCUUCGGGGAGGCCAAGCAGCAGUUCCAUCAGUUUCCCGAUGUCACCGAGGAGCGAAAUCGUCCGGAAUACGUGGAUUACUUUGGUGAUAGUGCCACUAGCUUCUUGGAGUCCGAUGAGGUGCAGUACGAGCGGAACUACAAUGCCGGAUUCAGCAGUGAGCCUCGCAUUAUCUACAACAAUGGAUCGGAUGAUGGUAGCUACCAGAACACCUCCCAGAGACCCAUCUACAGUGCCGAGAAUGUGCUGGCCGAUUCGGGUUAUGGAGGAGGUGCUGGCGUGGGUCUGGGAGUCAGUGGCGGUUCGGGUGGUGUGCCCACCUACUAUCCCGAUAUGGGCACUCCACAGGGCUUCUAUGGAGGAGCAGCUCUGCCACGCACUCUCAUGCACAAUCGCCUCAGGCGGCGGCAGUCCAGGGAGCUGCAGAUGCAGCAGGAGGAACUGGCCCAGCUCUCACAGGUCUCGGAUGCCAGUGGCAAGGGAUCCGGCAACGAAGGUGCCUCCAGCAGUGGAGGUGCCUCCGAUAGUCACGCCGCCGAGAGAAGAAAGCCCGAGCAGAUGCGCUCUGUUUCAGAGGAUUCGGGAGCUAAGACCACUCAACCGGUCACACGACGAUCCUUCUCGCAUCCCGAAAAGGACACACAGCCCACGAAGAAAACUGAGAUAUCUAAGAUACCCAGCCCACGACCCUUGGCUGAUAUCCUGGACAAAACGAGGGGCACCUCCAAGAUUCCCCAGGCGAGACGCCGCAACAGUCGCACGGGUAUCGGGGAGGCAGAGGAAGGUAGCACGCCCCAGCACAUUUACUCCUUCCAUCAACAGCUUAUGCAUAGAAACUCUGAUUUAGCCAUGCGACUGAAAAAAACAGAAAUUCCUGUCGCCUCAGUAGCCUCAGUCGCCGCCGGUCAGGAGGAGUCAGAAUCCGCCGAAUCCCCAGGGGGAUUCCAGGGCCAAGGAUCUGGAGCGGAGCAGCCGGUCAACGGCAAAUCCCUCGAGUCCUCGGCCAACAAGGAGCAGCAACAGCAACAGGGCGAUCCAAACAGCUCGGCGGAGGCCACCCACACCAGCACUUUGGGCGAACAGGAGCUGCAGAAUGCAGUGGAGGCCGCCGCGGUUGUCUUCAAGAAGGUCGUGCUGCAGCGUCGCAAGGAGAAGGAGAAGGCCGCCGAAGAAGGCGUGCAGCAGCAGCAGCUGUCGGUGGUUUCCGGUGAUACCGGUGGAUUAGGAGGGGGCGAUGCCAUGGAAACGUCAUCGUCAUCGGAGCUGGACUUCAGGUGUUCCACUCAACACGGACGCCAGCAGCAGCAGUCGCAGUAUAGCGUUGAAGCCGACGAGUUCAAGUUAGUCUUCCUCAACUCGGAUUCAUCGUCCUCCUGUCACGGCGAAGAAGAAGAGGAAGAGGAGGAGGAUGACACGGAUUCAUCCUGCUCCACGCACCACUGUCACAGCAUGUGAGCAAUGUGGAGGAUUGAUUGGGAUUACUUUGAGCCCUCCAUGAUCUCCACCACCACAACGACAACAACUACAAUGAUUGCUUAUAGCACAGCCCGUGCCACGCCCACUCCGCCGCCGCGUGUGAGGCGUCAGUCCAGCGAUAGUGAUUCUCCGCUACUCCAGAGACGCACCCAGCCACUGAGGAGCACCUAUUGCCCCAGGAUCAGGGAGAGUGACACGGGAACCGAUGAGGAGUUUGUCCUGAACACCGAGAGUAGUUCCCAGACCAGCUCCGAUCAACCACCACCAGUGCCACCUCCUCCCCAUCCACUGAGCAUGAAGACCCGGAUUAAGACGCGUUUCCUGAAGAAUCACCACCACCAUAGCCACAACCGAUGCAGCUGCAAUCCCAACCAGCAACAGCAGCAGCAACCGCAGUAUGUGCCCAUCCCUGUGCCCGUGCCCAUUCCUGUGCCCAUGGCCGCCUAUCCCAAUUGGCCCGGCACCGGUAAUCCCCUCCUGGAACAGGACGAGCAGCUGGCCGCCAGUCUGCAGCAAUUGUGGAAGGCAGCCGGUCACCAGCAGCAAUUUGCCGCCAUAGUUGCAGCCUACUCGCAGCAAUUUGCAGCGGCCAGCAGCAACAUGUUUGAUGCAACGCCGCCGGUGACCAGUAAGAGUUACCAACAACUGCCCACCACGCCGCCGCCCAUGAUGCCGCAACGCUUGAGAGGAUUGGGCCUGGGUGGAUUUAAGUCCUCGGCCCGACUGAGUGCCUCGCUGGGAUCGCUGAUGACGCAGUCCCUCUGCUCGACCAUAUCCUCCUCCUCCUCGUCCAGUACCUCGGGCUAUGGCACUGCGGGACGGAGUCUGGAAACGCUGGUCAGUCCCAAGCGAGCUGCCAACUCGAUGCAGCAACAACAGCAGCAACAGCAACAGCAAUACCAACAACAGCAGCAGCAGCAGCAACAAAUGGCCAGCAAUGCUUUCAAGCCAAAGCCAACAAGUUUAGUAGCGUCGCGUUCGCCGACGGGUGAGCAACCAGAAACGAGCAACGCGCGUCGCGGCAGCAGCAGCAGCAACAACAGCGAGAGCGACGACAGCAACACCAAGAGCAGCAGCAGCAACACCAAGAUUAACAGCAACAACAACAACAACGCAACGCCCACAACGGGUAGAUUGUGUAAUGUUUAUGAUAAAACCGGCACAUUGCCAGUGCCCGCCGUUCAGGCACAUGUUGCCAGUGUAGAUAAGAGCCCAUCAGCAGCAGCAGCGGCAGCAGCAGCAAUAUCAACAGCAACGGCGACAUCCACAAAGGGAAUCGCUCUGAGAGUGGCCAGCAAAUACCAGAGCCGAAAUCUAUGCGAAACCCAGCCAGGGGCAACAACACAAACCUACCUGGCCAGUAAAAACAGCCACGAAGAAGUGGAAACGAAUAUACAUAAAAAUCAAGUACCAACAGCAGCAGCAGCAGCAGCAGCAACAACAACAACAGCAACACAAACACAAACAGCAACUAGAGCUGCGGCUCCUGCGGUAAUAACUCGUUUCGGCGGACUUGCAGUCGAAAAUGCUGUUGGAAAUGUGGCUAAAAGUGGCUGUCCGAAUCCCAAUACCAAUCCCAAACCCAGAGCCCAGCACCCCGAGCACAUAGAUCAGCGGUUGGCGGCGGCGGAGAUUGCCAAGAAUUUGUCCUCCAAUCGACUUAUAGAGCACAAAAUGUCCGAUGAGGCAUCGGCAUCGCCUUCGGUUUCGGUUACUGCCCAUCUGCAGAGCGAGAGCUAUGCGGCCAGCAGUCCAGAUGAGGCCAGCAGCAAUAGCAGUCAGGAGGAGGGAGAUCGGGAGGAGAAUCGAUCGGAUCAGCAGGAGCAACCUAAACCACGUAAGACCACCCAGAGAAGCUACAAUGUGGCGGAAAUAUGGAGGAGCAGCAAGAUCCAGUGUUCUUCCGAAGAGCAGCGCCACCACAGCACCACCAGCAACUCCAGCUCCAGUAGCUCCAGCAAUUCCAGUUCCAGCUCCGAAUCCUGUGACUCGGAUGACACGGGCACAGUGCGAUCGCCGGCCCAAGAGGAGGAGUUCAACAAGGUGUUCAUAGUGAAUCGACAGCCUGGCCGGGUGAGACGCAGUUUCACCGAGGGUGAUUCACUGUCCUCCUCCGAGGCCAAUUUAGAAGACUCAUCCGACAAUGAUACGGAUACCGAGCGCACGGAUUGUGGGAUUGUAUUGAACUAUGUGAAACCGCUAGAGGAGGAGGCCAAGAAAGCGGAGGAGGAGGUGGAUGCGCCGGCUGCACGUGAUUGCCAAUCGAGUGACGAUGAGGAGGAGGAUGAUGAUGAAAGUGAACGCCGUGUUGCCAACUCAAGCGAUGAGCUGGCCAACUGCAUUGUAGUGGUGGGCGGGCAGACGGAUGACGCCUCCGCCGGCGUGGUGCUGCAGCACAUGCGAUCGCUGCCAGACGAGGGGGAUCAUCAGCAAUUAGAGCGCUGCCACAGCCAGGUGAUGGAUUCUAGCGAUGCCCUGGCCGCCUGCGAUGAGCUGCAUAGCAUCUCGAACGAUGUCAACCGAUUGCUGGAGCUGCACAAGCAGAAUUCACUGGAGAUGAAGCUGCAGCGUUUGCGCCAGGGAGUGGCCGAAAUCAAUGAGGAUCUGCAGCUGUCCAAGGUGAUAAAGUGCGAUGGAAAUGGCACUCAUGUGGCUGCCACCCACGCAGGUAGUCCAGGGAAACCCGACGAGUGCAGCCCUUCUCGGAAAAGCCCCUCUAAUGAGCUGGGUCUCACCUGCUGGCCAGAGCAGGUAAACGAAAAAGCAGAGGCAAAGGCAAAUAGCGAUGAGCAGAGUGGCAGAACAGCUGAGCAAACCGAGCACACUGAACAGAGGGUCGGCACAUGCAGUCAAGCAUGCAAAAUAAACGACAACAACAGUGACUACUCGCUGGAUUCACUCUCGGCAACUCCGGCGAGUUUGGGCUGCCCACCUGAGCAGGUAGAAGAGAGCAUUCUGGAAUUGCUACCUGCAAAGGCUCGCGAGCAGCGGCAAUAUCAUCGGUUUGAAGCGAAACCGGAGUCUCUGGAGUCGCCAGUCGAAAAUGAAAUGUUAAACGUUGCGGUUGCUCCACGCUCGGCGCUCCAAGGCGGCAACAACAAUACCACGAACAACAACGAUAAUAGCUAUAAAGAAAACACCAGUAACAACAACAGCGAACUUGGCCAUAAUAAUAAUGACGCUUUCGCAGCACAAAAAAAGACGUGGAAUAGCGGUUCGAGUGACGUAGUGAGUGUGAAUUCAAAUGUGAGUGGUGAAAACGAGUGUGACUACGACAAGAUAUUCGGUAGCCAUCAGCAAAAUAUCUCAAGUGCAACAGCAUCAUCAGUUGGAGCAGCAGCAACAGCAGCAGCAGCAACAACACCUGACACACCUGCAACAUUGCCCAGCGAACUGGCUUCGCCCAAAAAUUCACUUUCCGCCAAGUAUCGCAGUUUGGUCAUGAUCACCAAAGACAAUGAAAGUGCAGCUGGCGAUUACGAAAUGGCAAACAGCAGCAGCAGUAACAGCAGCAACAUACACCACAGCAACACCAGCAACAAAGGCCCCACCAGCAGCAACUCUUUUGGCCAGAACUUUGCUGGUGACUCAUUUCGCGCCUUGGAACUCGUGAGCAGCGAUCGCGAAUCGUACAGUGUGGACUCGCUAAACGAUGCGCCCGCGGUGCCGGAGAUCAGUGUGGAGGAUGGCCUGGCGGAUGAUGACUCCUGGGUGGAGGAACUGAGUCAGCGGGGUGAAGAUGAGGACGAAGAGCUUGCCACCACCACGCCCACGGCCACGGAUUCGGAGGAUGCGGAGGGCGAGAGUGAGGGAGGAGCCAGGCGACAUGGCUAUCUGGACAGGGAGGAGGAGCUAAGGGGCUAUAACAGAUCCGCCAUUGACUUCACCCUGCACACUAUAGUGGAGGAGAGCUGCGAGGAGAGCGAGGUGGCCUCCAUGCGGGCGGACAACGAAGAUGCCGAGCUGGAGGAUGAGGAUCUUGCCGAGAGAAGGAGGCAGCGCACCCUGCAGCACCACCACCGCCUGAGUGCCUCCGAACUGGAGAAGUACUUCUUCUUUGGCCUGGGCGAUGGCCGGGUGAUGAGUUCCAUCGACCGCGGGGAUGACACAGCCUCCGAGGUGAGUUCCGAGUGCUCCGAGAGUCUGGACUCCCUGCCGCAGGAUCAGCUAUUGGACACCAGUGGAGCCUCCGAUCUGGCCUCUUCCCGUCUGGAAAAGUACUUCCUCUCCGGCUUCAUGGGUUUCAAUAUCGACAAGCAGGCGGAAAGCGAUGAGAGUGGAGGCAGUGUGGGCAGCGAUAGUGAAGGUCAUCCCAGUCCCAGCCAGCGAAGGAAGCGACUGGUGACCAGGGGAACUCCCAGGAGUCACAAUUCCUCCCUGGACAAUCUCCUGCUGCCGGAAACGGAUACCCUGGAUGCCACUGUUACAUCCGCAGGAGGAUCAGCUGCCGCCACUGUGGAGGACACCGAAUCGGAGGCGGGCUGUGACGACACUGUGAUCCCUGGCCAACGCGGAGCCUCGGAUGGCUCCUCCUCGGACACCAUCAAGCGCAAGAAGCAACUGCGCAAGCGCCACGACUCCCUGGACGAGAAGAAGCUGCACGAUCUGGAGCCCUCCGAGUGCCGAACACCCACUCCAGGUGGUAGUGGUGGUAGCCAGGUGCAGAUGCUCCAGGCCAAGAAGCAACAGCAACAGCACCACCACAGUCGGGAUAGUGGCUUCGUGCAGCACGAUGAUCUGCUGAAGGCGGCCCCAGAUUGUGAGCCACCCAAGAGUCCAACUCCGGCUCUAGAGCAGAUCAGCGAGGAUCGGGAGCCGGCUCAUAGCCAGAUCAGUCUGGCCAAGAUGGAUCUGCCCAGCACUUCGGCAGCAGCUGCGGCUGCCACUCCCCUUACCAGCCAACUGAGGAACCUAACACUGCCCAAUCUGGUAAGAAAAGAUAGUUUCAACAACUGGAGUUCCGAUGAGGAGACUAACCUCAUGAUGAGCAAGAUGAGACAGUUCUUCAAGACUUUGAUUGUGGCCACCGCCAAUGCACAGCAGAGCAAGCCCACCACUCCCAAUCAGGGUCAAGUCCAGAGCACCACGCCUAGUUCCCAGCGCAGAUUGGCCAAAUCCCGACCAGCUCAGUUGGCCUACUUCGAAAACGAGCUGACCCGACUGAUGAAGACAGUGCCGGGCAUAAAUGAUGAGCAGGUGCGCGAAAUUGUGGAGUACCUGAGCAGCGAGGACACGUGGUCCGAUUCCUACGACUCCUCGGACUACACGAGCUCUGAUCUGGAGGGCGGCGAAAGGAAGGGCCAGCUGAAGGCCCAGAUCUCGGCCAGCUGCCAGCAGAUCAUCAACAAGUUUGAGAUCGACGAGGAGGGCGAUCGCGGAGAUGGUGGCCUCUUAGACGAGAGCCAAAGUGUGCCCAUGGAGGCCUUGGUGUACCAGAAACUGGUGCUUCCUUUGCAGGUAGCCGCGGGUGGAGAACCCGAGAUAGAAGCUGCACAGGAGGUGGAAGAGGAGGCGGAGCCGUCCACGGAAAGAUCCCCUCAACUUUUUGCCAAGGUAAUGCAGCACAUCGGCACCCGGCUUGUGGCUCUGAUGCACGAGGUGAGCAGCGGGAACGAGACGCCCACACCAUCGCCGCAGGGACAGCGGCACCAUCGAAGACUGCAGGCCAAGAUCUCGGCCACCACGACGGAGGAUGAGGGAGUGGAGGAGCAGCUGAGGGCCAUGCCCAUCAAGCAGCUCAAGCUGCGCAGCAGAUCACAUGAUCUUUUGCUAGAUGGAAGCACACCCCAUUCGCACAUGCAUCUGCACCAGGCAACCGUGCAUCAUCCGGGGAUCAGAUCUGGAGGAGGAUCCUCCGGCAUACCCGGACACUCGGAAACCGCCAGCGAGGAGUGUGGAGUGGCCAGUGACUACGAGCGGUUCUCGUGGCGCGAGUUUGAGUCGGCAUUACUGGCUAAUGGCGACAGCAGAACGAGGCUCAGCCAGCUGAGCCAACUGGACAGGGAUAACUCGUCGUCUGCGUCCGCUUUGGCUGUGGCAAAGCGCCGAUCUGCAGGCGACCUCCUCUUCAGCCAGCACCAGGUGAGCCUCAGCCGCGAGCAGUUGGAUCGCGUCCGCUCCUGCGGCAGCAUCGCGGCGGCAUGCCACCAUCACCAGUUGGAGGCGUCGCCGGCCAAGCCGUGGCUCUCCUCGGCGGGCUCCUCCCUGGGUGGGGAUUCCACAAAGGAUGUGCGGCGUUCCAGCGUGCCGGAUGCCAUCUACGAGACGGAUUCCAGCGAUGAGGCGGCCUCAAAUCAGUUUGGCGGUGCCAGAUCCACUUUGCCACGGAGUCUCAACUCCGGCCAGGUGGUGGCCAGUACAAACUCGCUGCCCAGGCUGCCCACCACCGGAGUGGGUGCACCCAUCACCAGCACGCCCAAGACAAAGUCACAGAGCGCCUUGAAUCACACACCCUCCAACUUGUCCACCGUUUCGGCCACUGGCAGUGCCAAGAGCGCAAGGUACCGCUCGCCAGGAUUGGCGGCUCGAGCGGCGGCUGUCAGUGGAGCGGGAGGAGCUUCUGGCAGUGGAGUGGGAGCCAACAGUGGUUCCACGGGCUCCAAGAAACUAGGCGCGGGCUUCCAGUUCCUCUACUCCAAACGCGAUGCGCGCAAACGUCUCAACAUGUCAGCGGAGGAGGCUAAAGUGGCCGCCGAGGAACUGACUCGAUCGCCGGUGAUUGGCCAAAGGCAGACAGAUGGCACUGGCAGUCCCAUUCAGUCGCGUGCCUCCAGCGAAACGUGGCCCACCCAGUCGGAUGAGGACAUCGAUCGGCUGGUGGCCAUGCACCAGAACCGCAGCAGUCUCAGCUCGCUGGGGGUGCGUUCGGAAUCCAUGGCCAGCGUUUAUUCGGGAGCCGGAGAAGGUCGUUAUGGCACUGUGGUGGUCAAGGGUCAGUGGAGUUCGCCAUGCAACAACUACAAGCUGAGUGCUUUGGAAGUCCAUGUGGUGCGCUGCAAAGACCUAGCUGCCGUGGAUGCCAAACGCAAUCGCAGCGAUCCCUAUGUGAAGGUAUAUCUUCUGCCCGAUAAAUCGAAGGCCGGCAAGCGCAAAACCAAAGUCAAGAAGCACACACUGAAUCCCAUCUUCGACGAGACGAUGCGUUUCCACACACCCAUUUCCAGUCUGGAGUCGAGAACUCUGUGGCUCACCGUCUGGCACUCGGAUAUGUUUGGACGGAACGACUUCCUGGGCGAGGUCAGUGUCAAUUCAGGUCGCCUCUUUGACAAUCCCCAAUCGCAGUGGUAUCUACUCCAAGAACGCAGUGAACCCUUCGACGAGGUGGCCACUUACAGAGGUGAUAUUGUGGUGGCUAAAUACAUUCCCCCGGAGAACAUCAAAUCCUCGUUCUUUCGCGGCUCCUCCAUCACAGGCAGCUCUUCAAAUCUACGCAAGUUUGGAGGCAGCAUCAAGUCGGUGACCUCCAAAUAUCGGACUUCCAAGGGCGGCCAGCUGCAUGUGCUGGUCAAGGAGGCCAAGCACCUGAGUCCCAUCAAGGCCAAUGGAACCUGCGACGCCUUCUGCAAGAGUUAUUUAUUGCCCGAUCGCACGCGGAGCUCCAAGCAAAAGACGCCGGUUGUGAAGCGCACUUUGCAUCCCAGCUGGAACUAUACUUUCGUUUAUGAGGAUGUCUCCCUGGAGGAAUUGUCUGAACGCGCCUUGGAGCUCACCGUUUGGGAUCAUGAUCGUCUGGCCAGCAAUGAGUUUGUUGGCGGCAUACGAUUCUCUUUGGGAACAGGUCGCAGUUAUGGAAGACGUGAAUGGAUGGAUGCCACUGGCAAGGAGCUCUCCCUGUGGCAGAACAUGCUGGAUCGGCCGAACUUCUGGGUGGAGGGCAGCUUGGUGCUGCGUUCCAGUUUGGAUGGCAUUCGAGCCAAUUUGCCAUAGGCCAACAUAUAGUAACUUAUUGUUUAGAACCGAGACAAACCACAAAAUCGCAGUUAGAAUGGCCAAAUGGCCCACUGCAUUGUAUUGUAUUGUAUUAAUUAUGCGAUAAUUAUCAAUUAACGAUCACGUCGACUCUGAGAAGCAUUACUAGCGGUAUAAGAAAGGAACGAUUGUAACAUUCACAAGUUAGUGUUAAGAGUGUGGAAUGAUGAUUUCUGAAUACUCGAAUAUGGCGAUGACGCUGCAAGUACCGCAGAUACGAAAAAAUAAAAAACAAAGUAAUCAAGGCAGACAUGAGAAACUAAGCAAAAAAAAAAACAAACCUUAUCAAGUUUAUGGCACUAAUUGUAAGCGCAAUUCUCAGCUAUUCGAUGCAGAUAAAAACUAAAAGCAAAACUGUAAAGCAAAACAAACGAUGAGGCCAAGGUUGGCCUGCCUAGAUAUUAAGACAAUUUGUAUGUGUGUGUUUUUUUUCACCUCUCCCCUCUGAGAGGCAUUCGCAAUUGGCAUACUAUAUGCGCUAAACUACGAUAAAACCUACAUAUAAACGUAAAGUUAAAACCUAGUUAAAUCGAGGCAUAAGCUUACUAUGUAUAACUACCCAUAAUAUCCGAAAAAUACAAAUAACAUUUUUGUAAAUUCAA